AUGUCCUUCAGCAUUGAAGAACUGUCAAAGAGCAGCAGAGUUCAAGAUUCCGUCUGUACUGACGCAGUUGUCAACCAUAUCCACGACAGAUAUUUACCAAACAGCAGUCAGCCAUGUACAGCAGAUUCAUUUAUGAUGAUUUCACUUACGAACUCAGCUCAACGUACUCAAUACAAAAGAAAACGACAAGAAGACUCGUUACAUUCUGAAGAUAACAGCUUCAACUCUACUGACUCAAGAGAUUGUCUUUCUCCUGUUUCCUCCUCUGACGACUCAGAAAAGUCAGAACAGCCAACAAAGAGAGCCAGGAAUGCCUUCACAAACUCACAACUGAUUGAAUUAGAACGAUACUACAGUAGCAGCAAAUACCUCCAAAUAGAAGAUCGUCCAGUGCUCUCCAAGAAACUAAAGCUUGACCAACAUAGAAUUAAAUGGUGGUUUCAGAAUAGAAGAAUGAAAGAAAAACGUCACAUCAAGAGUACAAGUUAUAACGGUUCACCAGAGUUGUCACAGUUCGUUGGUGUUGGUAAACCUGGUUCCCGAAUGAUAAGUCCAACACAAACCUAUAGUAACAUUAGUCAGCAGUCAUACUCACCAUUCCCUGUAUUAUCAUCGUCUAUGUGUGGUAUUCAACCGUUUGCGUAUCCUGGUUAUAGUCAACAGCUCUUCAGCAGUGUAUUUCCACAGGCAGUGCAACACAAUAGGUCUUGA